AUGAGAUUUCAGAAGUAUCUUAAGCGAAAUGUAUAUACGCCAUACAAAUACAACUACCUGGACUACGAGAACCUAAGAGAGAGGCUUAAAAAAGAAAAUUUCACUUCGGAUGACGAGGAUGAGUUCAUUAGGGAGCUGGAUGCCAACAUAAAGAGAGUUUUUGGAUUUGUUGAAUCCAAGCAUUCUGAGUUUGUUCAGAGACUGAAGGUAGUCGAGAAAAAACCAUCUAAAGAGAUAAAGGCCAAAAUAAAGGAGAUAACUGGGGAGAUGCGCCACUUUGCAGAGUUUAUAAGGAUAAAUGUCAUAGGAUUCAAAAAGCUUCUAAAGAGGCACGACAGAGAUACCAGUUACAAGCUCUUUUCUUCUUACAAGCCGAUGCUGAAGGGUAAGAUUAGAUCCAUUGAAGACCUUGAUGACUUGAUAUAUAAAUCAAGUAAGGUUUCUCUAAAGGUUACAAAGAUGAAGAAGAAAAAGUCUGAAAGUAACUGUACGUUUAUAAGAAGGACUGAUAAGUACUGGGUUCACAAGGAAAAUGUUAUACCUGUAAAAUUCUAUAUUACCCAGCAUCUUCCAAUAUAUGUUUUUUCGAAGGAUAAGGAGAAGAGUCCAUACAGCUCAUGGAACAAAGAUUCACAUGACACAUGCAUAUCGUCUGUGUACUUCGACAAUGUGACAUUUGAUCUUUAUGGGGAAAGACUUAAAAAGCUUCAUCAUUCCGAGGCGAUCAGAAUAAGAUGGUAUACUUCCAAGGUUCCUGAUGUUGUGUUUAUCGAGAGAAAAAGACAUGAGGACGGAUGGACGGGUGAGUCAAGUAAAAAAUUGAGGUUCAUGAUCAGUGAAAACCAGGUUCUUAAGUACAUUAAUGGAGAGGAUGUAUGGGACGAUGUGAAGAGGCUAAAUGGAAAUGAGGAUGUAAGGACGCUGUACGAGGAGGUUCAGAGGUCGAUCAUCAAUAAGAGAUUGAGGCCUGUUGUCAGGACAUUCUACAGAAGAAGCGCAUUCCAAAUCCCAAACGAUUCUAGUGUUAGGGUAAGCCUUGACACAGAUCUAUGCAUGAUAAAAGAAUGUAGUGAUGCUGAAAUAGCCAAUCCAGCCUACCCGAUCAAAAGAUGGAGGAGAAAUGACAUAAACUGCGAAUUUCCUUUCAGAAACAUUCCAAAGAACGAGAUAAUACGGUUUCCUCACGCAAUACUCGAGGUCAAAACGCAAAGCCUUGAUGAAACAAAGCCCAAGUGGAUUGAAGAGCUUAUCAAUGGGCCACUAGUAGAGCAUGUGCAUAAGUUUUCGAAGUAUUUGCAUGGAUGUGCGGCUCUUUAUCCAUUUAUUCAGGAUAUUCCCUACUGGCUUCCACAGGUAUCUGUAGACAUAAGAAAGGACCCGUUCCAGCCGGACGUAGACAAGAAGUCCUUUAAGGAUACAGUUCUGGUCGAUAUUCCCGCUGACAGUGAGCCUAGCAACAGCGAGAAACUUAGCCCUAUAGACGUUCAUGGAAAAAGAAUAUCCAUUCCUGUUCGUGUAGAGCCAAAGGUAUUCUUCGCCAAUGAAAGGACCUUUCUGUCUUGGGUUCAAUUUGCGAUUUUCUUGGGAGGUAUUGGGAGUGCGCUUCUAGGGCUCGGGGAUGAAAGGGCUAGCUUUUCGGGUCUGAUCUUGAUUCUUGUAGCUAUAAUCUUUUCCUUCUAUUCUUUGUAUCUGUAUUUAUGGAGGGCUAGUAUGAUAAGGAAGAGAGACCCGGGUCCUUACGACGACAUAUAUGGGCCUGCUGUCCUUGUCUGUGUGUUCCUUGUUGCCAUGGGGCUUUCGGUUUUCUUUAAGUUUCCAUUGAAAAGAUUCUGA